UUAAAACACACACUGAGCAGGAAGCUCAAGAGUCAAACAGAAAGCUACACACGAAGCUUUCAGACCCUUUAAGGGUCGGAAACCAGCAGGCGGAGUGAGAUCCUGGUCUGGAUUGCUAACUGGAUUCAGACUGAUGUGUGAUUGGAUCCACCUGCUGCUGACGAUAUAAAGCAGGAGACCAGGGCCGGACCUGCUUCAGACCAGGUGAGACGCAGACUCAGCCUCUGUCAUCAUGUCGGCCGUUAAAUCCGGAUCAUCUCUGCGGAGUCUGGUUCUGACUCCAGAGCGGAUUCCGUCCUUCAUCAUCCCCUCCCGCAGUCCGCUCCUCUUCCGCUCUCCGUGGCCUCACCGGAGCUCACCGGACCGGACCCGACUGCUGUCGGACCAUGACGAGGACAGUCCGGGAGCGAGCCCUCCCGGGACCCCGCUCAGCCCCGCGGCCUCGCGCCGCUUCCUGCUCCGCCUGCAGCCGCCGCGGAUCAGACGCGCCCGCCGCGCCGCCGCAGCUGCGGCAGAGUCUGACGCGGACACGGACCUGACGACGCGCGCGGCCAUGUCGCUGCCGCACGUGGGGAAGGUGACCACGCCCUACGGCUUCCGCGCCGUGCUGGCCGAGAGCCCGUGCACGCGCCGGCGGGAGUCGCUGUUUCACCGGAACAAACCGGUGACGGUCACAGACACCGACCUGCAGGACCCGGCGGACCCCCCGCCUCUUCCCGGUCCCAGUCCCGGUCCCGGCAGGUCCCGGGUCAGUCUGCGGCCCGUUAAAGCUCUCAGUCUGCAGGUGAUGAAGGAGCUGAAGAGACCAGCAGCCGCUCUAAAGGCUCUGAGUCCCGCCAGGAGGACACACCCCUGCUGACGUCACAUGGCCGGAAACACUCCGCCUCACCUGUCAGGUAGACCGGAAACAACAGAGGUUUGCUGAUCUCAGAGCAGCAGGACUCGGAUUAUGUAAAUGUGUUUAAAUAUUUUAAUAAAUGAUUAAUAAAAGUC